UAACCUAUUUUGUGCACAUUCAUUCACAUUCAAUAUGGAGGAUCAUCUUACAGAAAGCUACAUUAAGGUAAUUGCAGAAGAAAAUGAAAAUUCGGAGAUUCUUACAAUAGUUGACUGUUUGGAACAUUAUGCAAAAACAAAGGCUCAAACUGAGGCGGUUAUCUUUGUGUCAACGGACGGAACACGCCAAAGUGUUACGUGGUUGGAGUUGUUUGAAAGGUCUCGAGCUGCAGCGAAGUCAUUUCUUCAUCUUGGUCUAAAGAAGCAUGAAAUCGCUGCUUUGAAUAUCCGGAACUGUCCGGAAUGGCUUUACGCUUCAUUUGGAGCGAUGAUGGCCGGAGCAAUUCCAGUCAGCAUUUCGUUCACUUAUACUGACGGCAGUGAUCUUAUUGCACUGAUGGAAAAACUGCAGACGUGUUCGUUACUUGUAAUGGAUCCUGGAUUGAAUGAUAUAAACUGGAACAUUCUCAGACAGAUUCUUGAUGAAUUUGAUGCCAGUGGUAAUGUUAGAAGUGAGAAAAUGCCUUACCUGCGGCAUUUAGUAGGCGUCGCGUUCGAACAAGUAGAUGCUGAACUCUUGAAGUUCAGUGACCUUCUAAUCGAAAGUCAUUCGGAUGUCGUUCUUCCAAAAGUAGACCCGAAAGAUAUAGCUCUCCUUUUUCAAACUUCAGGUAGUACUGGAAUACCAAAAUUGGUUGCACAUACCCACGAGCCAUUGGUAAAAUAUAUCACUGGAAAACACGUAGAAACUAUGGACGCCAAGUACAAACUUUUUAAUGAUCGACCAUUCGCAUGGCUUGGAGGAUAUCCGUUGUCCGUAUUUACGGGCCAGACAAGAGUUACGGUUUCUGGGUUCUCCGAGCCUCCUGAGGACAAAAUAUCCUUCAUGAUUGAGACAAUUAAACGAGAAAGAUGUUCAUCUGUAUUUGCCCUACCGCCAUUGAUGCACGAACUAAUUAAAAGACAGAAUGAGCUUCCACUGGAUUGGCCAGUGGAAAUCAUUAUGAGCGGCGGACAACCAAUGACAAAGAAAAUCGCAUCGUGCAUCGGAAAGUCCUGUAAGUUCCUCCUCUGUAUUUAUGGCUGUACAGAAUUUAUUGUCAUGGCAAAGACUAUGGUAUGUGACCCCGAAAAUUUUACAGAGUAUUCUUGCGGGAAACCAAUGCAGUAUCAAGGAUUAGAAAUUAGAAUCGUGGACGAAGAUGGUAAAACCGUUCCAGUUAACACCAGGGGUGAAAUUUACUGUCGUUCACCUGCAAUGUUUAAAGAGUAUUUCAACGAUCCUGUUAAAACUAGAGCUGCAAAAACUGAUGAUGGAUGGUUUAAAACCGACGACGUCGGCAGAAUGACAGAAAGCGGGGAACUGUUUGUUGAAGGUCGCAAAUCUAAUAUGAUUAUUUCUGGUGGAUUUAAUGUCGCGCCUGAAAUUUUAGAACAGGUGAUGAAAAAUUUCACUGGAGUGGAAUCAAUAGCUAUUGUUCCUGUUCCCGAUGAUAUUUACUACCAAGUUUUAUGCGCAUGCGUUGUGAAGAAAGCAGAUAGUGACGUCACGAAAGAGAAGCUUCAGACGUGUUGUACAAAUUUCCACGCUGACAAACCAGGAUUGUUCACCGUAUUGCCGAAAUUUUACUUGUUUUUGGAAAGGUUUCCGGAAACCAGCACCGGGAAACUAGACCGAAGAGAGCUUGAAAAGAUCGCAACACAGCGAUUCAAACAUAUUUCCUAAAUAUGGAUCAUUAAGGAAUGACAAUACAUGUACAGACAUUUCAUGAGUUCCGUAUUUGUUGUUUAUAUAAGUAAAAUAUUGUAUUAAAACAUUGAUUUUAUCUCA